GCCGACGAGGCGCAGAAGUUGUCACAGAGUAGUGAUUUAAAGUAGGCUAGGAGAGAUGAUGAGUGGGACUAUCUCCGACACCACAGUCUCCUCAAGUACUCCAGCUCAAGCAAUACCGGCAGACGUCUCUGGACAAAUGUUAGAUCUAGAUGAGGACGAUGACUUGGAAGUUUUUAGUAAGAACGUGACCCUUACAGAUGGAAGCUCGGCCGACGCCUCCAUGCACACCUCCCCUGGGUCCAUGGUCAAUCAGUACAGGUUUGAAGAGGAGGAUGGAGAUGCUGACACCAAAGACAUUUUUGUCACGGUGGAUAGUCCAGAGAGUCAUGUGACUGCCAUAGAGACAUUCAUUACAUACAGAGUUGUAACUAAGACCACUCGUAGUGAAUUUGACUCUAGUGAGUAUGAAGUCCGCCGACGGUACCAAGACUUUCUGUGGCUGAAAGGUAAACUUGAGGAGGCCCACCCCACGCUCAUAGUUCAUCCUCUUCCGGAGAAAUUUGUGAUGAAAGGAAUGGUUGAGAGGUUCAGCGAGGAUUUUAUCGAGACGCGGAGAAAAGCCCUGCACAAAUUCCUCAACAGGAUCGCUGAUCACCCAAUUCUCUCCUCCAGCGAGGAUUUCAAGAUCUUUCUGACUGCACAAGCCUGGGAAUUGACCUCCCAUAAGAAGCAGGGUCCAGGUUUCCUCAGCAGAAUGGGGGACACAGUGAGAGCAGUAGCUGCCUCAGUAAGAGGGGUGAAAAACCGACCAGAGGAGUUUACAGCUAUACAGGAAUACGUGGAUGCCUUCAGUCAAAAAAUGACUUCACUGGACAAAAUUACACAAAGGAUAGUCAAAGAACAGAAGGAGUACCUGGACGAGCUGAAAGAGUACGGUCCCGUAUACACACUGUGGUCAGGUUCUGAGGAGGCAUUGGUAGAUCCCCUGAAGAGUAUGGCUGGCUGUUUGGACAGGUGUUGCCGGGAGACAGAGGAGCAGAUCCGACAGCUCUCUGAGAACCUGGUUCCGACGCUGCACGAAUAUGUCUUGUGUGCAGAGACACUCAAGGCAGUGCUACGGAGAAGAGACAACAUUCAAGCAGAGUUGGAAUCUAAGAGCGAGGCUCUUGCCACUAAGAAGGCAGACAAAGAAGCGCUGAAGGAGGAGGUUGAUAAAUUGGAAGAUAGGCUGGAAUGGGCCAACAAUGCCCUGAAAGGAGACUGGAGUCGAUGGCAAAAGAGCACAAGGAAUGACCUCAGAGCGACCUUUGUCACCACAGCUGAGAAGAACAUAGACUACUACGAGAAGUGCCUGGCGGUCUGGGAGUCUUUUCUCCUCUCCCAGAAGACGAGUGUGAGUGAUGGAGAUGUCGGGGGGGGUUCCUCCUAACCUCUCCUACAGGUGCCUGUUAUCCAAGCGCGGACCACCAAAGACCAACUAUACCUGUGACCAGUUUUAACCCUGCAGUCUCAAGGCUGCAUUCUAUACAGCCACAUAGCACAGCCAAUCCAGGAGAUGGGAGCACACAUCCUGAUGGGCCUUAGGCAUUUUGACCAGGAAGCCUGGGAAAGAUGACAAUCUGUAAUGGAUCCCAUAUUGCUUUCAUCUCAGGGUGAUGAGAUGGCCCCAGGCAUACCU